GCCGAGUUAGCAAGGGUUCACAAUUCCGAUUAUAGAGUGCGAUGUCAUCGUUCGAGGGGCGACAGCGGGCAAGGUGAAGCCGAAAGGACAAACUCGGCAAUUUCUGAUGCUCUUGUGGAUGGCGCAACUCUAGAGUGGGAAAAAUAUAGGAGGUUUGAGGAUCUUUCAGAAGAGGAAAUCAAACAACUGUCUCUCCAGUCAUACGAAGAGUACGAAAAGAAACGGAUGGAGAAAAAUGCCUGGUAUGUCUGUAGUCAGGUAGCCGAGAGAAUUGAUGAUGCCCCUGUCCUUAAAGAUUACAUCAAGAGCAAAGUAAGCGAGUCCCCUGAUGAAUUAUUCUUUUUCAAUUCUGUUGACCUCGACAACUAUCGGGGUGCAUCAGAACGAAACAAAGAGCAAGCGCCCGGUGCAGCAUACUUCCGAAAGAUCGAAUCGUUUAUGGAAGACCACUAUAUUCGUGGAGAACUUUUUAUGGAAUUCUGUCGUGAUGCCUGUAAAGAGUCAAGAGAAGAAAGUUCCAAUCUCUGUUCCUGGUGUUCUAACAAUAGAUGGGUCGGUCCAGAAACGGAAAGAAUUCCGCAACCUGUACCAGACUCAAACAAUCCUGGACAUUUCAUGGAUAUCUAUCAGACGGAAUCGACGGGCAGGACACCAGAUGAUUACCUUCCAAGAAAAUGUAUUAAAUAUCUGUACGAGGAACAUUCCGACAGUAUCAGAAACGAUCAGGAUACCAUGAAGAGCUUCUGCUCAAAAUAUAAUGUGGAAGAGAAGCACGUCAUUGCAUAUGUUAAUCAUUUGAAGGAUAUUGAGAUCCGAAAGGACAUGAGAACAAGAGCAGCUGAGGAGCGAAGAAGGCAAGAGGCCGAACGAACGUACAAGGACUUUCAAUGGGAUAACCUCAUCGAGGGUGGCAAAGUUGAAAAGUUGCGGGUAAGAGAACUAGACCUGUAUCUCAACAAGCAUGGUUUGACGACUGUGGGUCGGAAACUUGACAAAGUUAAGGCCAUUCGAUGUCACUAUUACCGACAGAAUAAAGAGACUGUGAUAACAGAAGAACUGUCGAGUGAUGAAGAUGACGUGGAAUCCGAGGAUGAAGAAUCCGAAAGUGAAGAGGCAGAGAGCGACGAUGACUAUGUUUUCGUGGAUUUGGAUGAACAGCCUGAGAUUGGCACUUCCGCGACAAUUCAGUUCGUAUCUGACGAGCAAAUAUCUACCGUUGUUGUUCAAGGUCCAUGA